AUGGUCAUUAUUCAUUAUUCAUUAUCUAUUAUCAUAAUUACCAUAUUUCAAAUAUUAUUUGUAACGGAUUAUUACUAUUUUGAAGAAGCUAUAUUAACAAUAUGGGAUAUAAUGGAAGAAACAUUCGGUUUAAUGAUGAUAUGGGGCGAUAUUGUAUUUGUACCAUUCUUUUUUUCGAUUCAAACCCAUUAUUUAUCUUUACAUUCACCAUCUAUACAAACAUUAUCAACAUCAUAUUUAGUAUUUUGCUUAUGCUUAUGUAUUAGUGGUUUCCUAUUAUUUCGAAUUGCUAACUUACAAAAGCAUCAUUUUAGCUAUGAUUCAUCAUAUGUUUGGGGACUAUCUUGGCAUAAUUAUUUUGUUAAACAACUUUUUGGUAUGAAUCGUUGUAAUAUACCAAAAUAUAUUCAAACAAAACGUGGACCAAACAUAUUAUAUUCAGGCUGUUGGGGUAUUGCAAAACGUAUGAAUUUAACAGGUGAUAUAUUACAAAGUAUUGGCUGGUGUUUAUUAUGUUCAUUUAAUCAUUUCAUACCCUAUACAUAUAUUAUAUAUUAUAUAUUUAACAGUUUGUUUUAUGCAUCGCGAAAGAAGAGAUAA